AUGGACUUGAAUACUAAUGACACAUUCAUGGCUUGGACACUACUGAUAAGGGACAAGGAACACUUCAUCAGGAAGCUUGCUGAGAAAGUUGAGGACCAUUCCUUAUUAAAUUGCACUCCAUCCCCUCGGAUCAUCUCAGAUCAUGUCGGGGCUUCGAGGAAUGGAACCGAAACUGGGAAAGCUGCAGGCAUAUGUGAUAUCCCUGCUGAAUUGCUAAAGUCUGGAGGUGAACCUCUGGAAUGGGGCUUGCUGAGUCUUGACUGUCAUCUGGCACAAGGUUUUGCCCACAUUCUUCUGGACUGGAUCCAUGACUACCUACUAAGGCACCAGAGACCAGAACAGUCUGGAUUAAUUCCUGGCAAGUAUACAAGAGACCUUAUCCCAGCACUUCAAGUCAUUGUGGAAUGCCAUUGUGAGUUUGGUCAUUGGUUGCUUGCAGCCUACAUCAACCUCAAGAAGGCACUUGACUGA